AUGGACAGUGGUCCUUCAAGCACACCCUCAUCCUUUGCCAUGCUCGAUGCAGAGCGACUAAAGGUUUAUCAUUUCCCAAACGAACAUCCAGUCGACGAUGUGACCAGAACUGCUCUGUUACUACGACGCCGUAGUAAAAACACAGACCAUUUGUUCCUGCGCCUCUUCUUGGAAGAUGCCACUGUUACUCUGCGGCAGGAACUGUGCCAACUGCCCGAACACCUUAGGGCUACCCUUCCGCCAUUUGAGAAUAUUCUCGACCUUGCGAACGUACCUGGGUUGCGGAAGUUGCCAUUGGGGACAAUCCUCGAGUCUCUCAUGGUCCUCGUUAUUCAAUUGGGGCUAAUCAUCGGUCACUAUGACGAGAAUGCCUCAGAAUAUAAAUUCUCAAAAUUCGAUUCAUGCUUUACUGGCAUCGGACCCGGCCUUAUGGUAGGAGCAGCCCUGGCUGCCUCUCCAGAGCUGUCGGGUCUGCCUUCAGCAGGAGCUGAAGUAAUACGCAUGGCUGCACGAUUAGAAAUCCUAACACGUGAAGUGGCAGAUAAUCUCGAAGCCGUUGAGCCUGGAGAAGCGUCAGCGAGCUGGGCAAUCCUGAUAAACGGCCUCGAUGUUGAGACAGUGAAGAAAGAAGUCGAUGUUUUCAACACUGAGAAGCAAAUUCCCCCGCUAGCACGGAUCUUUAUAAGCUCGGAAUCGGCGCAUAACAUCCUCGUGAGCGGUCCUCCUUCACAUCUACGCAAUCUGUUCCGCUUUUCUGAGAAACUCCGUUACUCGCGGUUCUUUUCGAUGCCAAUAUAUGGAGGCCCAUGCCAUGCUCCUCACAUAUAUAAUGACAGCCAUGUGCAACGAGUCAUUGGUAAUAUAAGACCAUCCGUGACCAAACGGGCUAUAAAUCUGGUUCCAUUUAUCUCCAUGGGCACUGGAGAGCCGUAUCAGGCAGUCACUCCACGCGAGCUUUUCGAGUGUGUCCUUACUGAAAUCCUAACUGGCACUGUCCGGUGGUCAAAGGUUGUGCAAUACGCUGUUGAACGGAUCCACUCUGUGUCUACUGUUGAGAUGCAGUUGCAUACGCUGCAUUCUUACCAUGCUACACAAGAACUUGUUGCUGCGAUGGAGUCGAAUUGUUCUUCAUGUGCUGUCAAAUCUUUCAGUCUGCAGGACUGGAUCUCCCAGGGAGGAGAUAACUGUGCCAGACCCAUCGGUACUGCGGAUUGCAAGAUUGCCAUAAUAGGAAUGUCCUGUCGUUUCCCUGGAGGAGCAAACGAUGCAGAUCUAUACUGGGAGCUCCUUGCUGAAGGGCGUGAUGUUCAUAGGAAAAUACCCCCAGACAGGUAUGAUGUUGACAGUCAUACUGACCCUAGUGGCGCGCGAAGAAACACUAGUUUAACUCCAUUUGGCUGCUUUAUUGAGGAACCGGGGCUUUUUGAUGCCGGAUUUUUCAAUAUGUCACCCCGUGAAGCUGCCGGGUGCGACCCUAUGCACAGAUUGGCGUUAGUCACUGCCUAUGAAGCCCUUGAGCAGUCUGGCUACUCUUAUAAUCGGACUCCGUCAACGAACCAGCAGCGGGUUGCUACCUUCUACGGACAAGCAAGCGACGACUAUCGAGAAGUUAACGCGGGACAAGAAGUCGAUACCUACUAUAUCCCAGGGGGGUGUCGAGCUUUCGCACCGGGUCGAAUCAAUUACUUUUUCAAAUUCUCAGGACCAAGCUUUGACUGCGACACGGCCUGUUCAUCCAGUCUAGCCACAAUACAGAUAGCAUGUACAUCGCUCGAGAAUGGCGACAGCGACAUGAUUGUGGCUGGUGGAUUGAACGUGUUGACGAACUCUGAUGGUUUCGCGGGUCUCAGUCGCGGCCAUUUCUUGUCUAAGUCUGGAGGAUGCAAGACAUGGGACGUGAAUGCCGAUGGAUACUGUCGAGCGGAUGGGGUUGGUUCAAUCGUUAUGAAACGAUUGACCGAUGCCGAGGCAGACAACGAUAAUAUUCUCGGCAUCAUCUGUGCAUCAGCUACCAACCAUUCUGCCAACGCAAUCUCCAUAACGCAUCCACAUGCACCAACGCAAGCGGAUCUAUACCGUCUUGUUCUAGGCCGAGCAGGGCUUGAUGCAGAGGACGUUGACUUUGUGGAGUUUCAUGGUACGGGCACCCAAGCCGGGGAUGCGACUGAGAUGGAAUCUGUCACCACGGUUUUUGCUCCUGCCCAUCCACGGAGAAAGAGGCCUCUUGCUAUUGGUGCCGUCAAAGGCAAUGUAGGCCAUGGUGAAGCCGCAGCGGGAAUUAUGGCCUUUAUAAAGACCUUACUCGUGUUCAAACACAACCUCAUCCCGCCACAUGUUGGUGUAAAAACAGCACUGAACCCAGCCUUCCCGGAUUUGGAAAAACUCAACAUCAAGAUUCCAUGGGAAGGAGUACCCUGGGAGAGAUCUCCCGACAGAAAGCGUUACGCCAUUGUUAAUAACUUCAGUGCUGCAGGAGGCAACACAACCCUCGUUGUCGAAGAGCCGCCUCUCCGCUCUCCUCCGGAACCAGAUACACGAGCUGCCGGGGUUGUUACUAUAACUGCAAAGAGUAAAAAGUCGUUCCGGAGCAAUAUCGAACGUCUCAUUGAAUACAUAUCGGCACACCCAGACAUAUCACUGGCGGAUCUGUCCUACACGACGACUGCUCGACGCAUGCACCACAACCACCGUAUCGCGACGAGUAGUAAGACUCUGUCUCAGGUUCAGAACGAGUUACAGGCUUACCUGCCAGCGGCUGAGCGCCAAAGACCAAUCCCAAGCACGCCACCUUCCGUUGCUUAUGUGUUCUCCGGGCAAGGUACCAUACAUUCCGGUAUGGCAAGGGAGCUAUUUGAGCAGCAUUCUGGUUUCAGAUUACAGAUACUGCAGCUUGAUGCUAUGUGCAAACAGCAUGGAUUCCCAUCCUUUGUCCCACUGAUAACGGACCAGGAAAAUAAAAUGUUCGCACCCAUCGUCAAUCACCUAACUCUAGUCGCCAUAGGGAUUGCACUUGUCCGUCUCCUAGAUACUCUUGGUAUCCGUCCCAGUGCAGUCCUCGGGGCGAGCCUUGGAGAAUAUGCGGCACUUUAUGCGGCCGGUGUUCUGUCAGCAAGCGAUACGCUUCUUCUUGCCGGGCGACGGGCAAUUCUUUUGCAAGAGAAAUGUGCAAUGGACACGCACGCCAUGUGUGCCAUUCGAGGAACAGCCGAAGAGAUUUCAGAGAAUGCUGGUGGGUUCAAGUAUGGAAUCGCAUGCUACAACGGCCGUCGUGAGACGUGCAUUAGUAGCACAGUUGGGGAGGUCGCUCGCAUCCGCAGACAUCUUGAAGCCGCCGGAUAUCAGUGCCAUCAACUCAAUGUCCCAUUCGCAUUCCACUCCCCUCAAAUGGACCCCGUUCUAGAUGAAUUUGAGCGCACUGCUGAAGCAGCGGUGUACAAAGCUCCAACGGUGCCGGUCAUAUCGUCACUUCUCGGAGAUUGCGUCUUCGAUAACAAAACAAUCAACGCAAACUACAUGAGACGAGCAACGCGAGAGACUGUGCAAUUUAUUCCAGCUGUAGAUAGAGCCUGGGAAGACGGCAUUCUAGAUCCAAAGACAAUUUUGCUGGAAAUCGGCCCUCAGCCAACAUUCGUUCAGUUUAUCAAAAACGCGAUCCCUGAAAUAUCGACCAUAGCUCCAACACUUCGACGCGGAGAAGACAACUUUGUAACUUUGGCAGGGAGUUUGAGUAUUUUGUAUAACUCCGGAAUCGAAAUCAACUGGAAUGAAUGGCACCGGCCAUUUCAGAAUCAGUUGAGACUUUUGGACAAUCUUCCUGCAUAUAGCUGGAACGAUAAGAAUUACUGGAUCCAGUACGAGGGAGACUGGAUGCUCAGCAAGAAUCUAGUGCCAACUCAGAGCCUAGCACCAGCAGCAGUUCCAUCAACCUUGCGUACUUCGCUUGUACACCAAGUGUUGGAGGAGGAGAUAUCGGAAGAGACCGUAUACCUUGUAGUUCGAUCUGAUGUAAUGCGGCCAGAGUUCUUGGAAGCAGCAAAUGGACAUCGCAUGAAUGGACACGGUGUUGUAACAUCGUCUAUUCAUGCCGACGUUGGAUUUACGCUUGGCAAACAUCUGUGGUCGCGUAUUCGACCUGGGAAGAAGUGUCCUGGCAUGAACAUGAGGGAUCUUCAUGUCCUACAAGGACUUAUUGUCCGCAAAAACAAGGCAGUCCCACAACAGAUUGAAAUCGUCGCAACAGCAAACUUCAAAGAGAAACUAGCAGUCAAGCUACAGUGGUACAAUGUAGACCCGGAGACGGGCGAUCUUGAUGAAGGGUUUGCCUCGGCAGAGAUCGAAUACGGCGACAAUGAGGCAUGGCUAGCAGACUGGUCCAAAAAUACGCACCUUAUCACUUCUCGAAUUCAAGUUCUCGAACGAUUGGCAGACGAAGGUGUAGCUAACCGACUUUCGCGCGAUUUGGCCUAUACUAUGUUUGCGAAUUUGGUUGACUAUGCUGAGUGUUACCGUGGCAUGAGACAAGUUGUGCUGAAUGGCUUUGAGGCUGCAGCAAAUGUCACCUUGACUACAGAUGCUGGCGGCAGCUGGACUGUUGCGCCUCACCAUAUUGAUAGUGUCGCUCAUCUUGCCGGCUUCAUUCUCAACGGUGGCAACGCAGCUGACCCACGGAAUAAUUUCUUCGUCACUCCCGGUUGGAAGACCAUGCGGUUCGCUAGGCCACUUGUCGCCGGCGCGCAGUAUCAGUCAUAUGUACGCAUGGUGCCUCAGUCUGAGGCUGGGUUUUAUGCGGGUGAUGUAUAUAUUCUCCAAGAUGGGGAGAUCAUUGGGCUGGUGGAGGAUAUCCAGUUCCGCACUUUCCCUCGGUUGCUUCUAGGGAAGUUGUUCAGUCCCAGUGAUCUCCAUAAGCCCAUCAAUGUAUCGAAGGGCUCCGCAACCAACAAGUCUCAUGCUUCAAAGACACGCAAGGGCAACGAGGUGAAGAAGGAGCAGGAGAAGAACCUACCCGAGUCCGAACCAGUGGUAGCAGAUACACAACAUACGUCUCCAUCUCCGGUGUUAGCGCCAGCAAAGGAGAAAGAAGAACCUAAACAUGUUCCAGAAUCUGCCGAAAAAAGUCCAGCCAGUCAGCAGGAUGACAGUGUGCUGAUGCUUAUCGCAGCUGAGACGUCAAUGGAUAUAGCCGAGUUGAAUGAUGAGACGGAGUUUGCUUCUAUCGGUGUGGACUCACUGCUGUCGCUUGUUCUCGCCGAAAAAUUCCGCGACCAGCUAGGGUUUGAUAUUAAAAGUUCCUUGUUUAUCGAGUGUGUCAAUAUCGGUGGAUUGAAGGGAUGGCUGGCCGAGUAUUGUUGA